GACGAGAUACUGAUAGAGAAAGAGAGCUCAUUCUCAAGAUCUGCUUUUUUUUUUUUUUGGUUAGAAUCCUUUCUUCUUUGUCAUAGCCAUGGUUUCAACCACCAAGAUCAAGUCCGUUGAUUUCUACAGGAAAAUCCCAAGAGAUUUGACAGAAGCAUCUCUCUCUGGUGCUGGUUUGUCCAUUGUAGCUGCCCUUGCUAUGUUGUUUUUGUUUGGAAUGGAGCUGAGUAGUUAUUUGGCAAUCAACACUAGCACAUCUGUAAUAGUUGACAAAAGCUCUGAUGGGGACUUCUUAGACAUUGAUUUCAACAUCAGCUUUCCUGCCCUCUCAUGUGAAUUUGCAUCAGUUGACGUGAGCGACGUGUUUGGAACUCACAGGUUGAAUAUAACGAAAACGAUUAGAAAAGUUCCAAUUGAUCCGCAUUUAAGAGCCACUGCUGCGGAAUUUCACUCCAGCUCCGGAUUACAUCUCAUCAACCAUGGAGACGAAGAUCAUGGUGACAAUAGUACUUAUGCUGAUAUACCAUUAACUGGUGCUGCUUUUGAGAAGUUUACACAUCAUUUUCAAAUUUUGGUUGUUAAUUUUUAUGCGCCAUGGUGCUACUGGAGUAAUCGCCUGAAACCAUCUUGGGAGAAAGCAUCUCAAAUAACGAGAGAGAGAUAUAAUCCUGGAACUGAUGAUCGUGUUCUUUUAGGAAGUGUUGAUUGCACAGAAGAACCUACUCUAUGUAAGAGCAAUCAUAUACAAGGCUACCCAUCUAUUCGAAUUUUCCGCAGAGGCAGUGAUCUUAGGGAGGACCAUGGGAACCACGAACAUGAAUCUUACUAUGGAGAUCGGGACACAGAUAGCUUAGUCAAGAUGGUGGAAGAACUGCUCAAACCUAUAAAAAAGAAGGAUCAUAAGUUGGCUUUGGAUGGUAAAUCUGAUAAUACGGCUUCAACUAUUAAAAAGGCACCAGUAAGUGGUGGUUGUAGAAUUGAAGGAUAUGUUCGUGCAAAGAAGGUUCCCGGCGAACUUGUAAUCUCAGCUCAUUCAGGAGCUCAUUCUUUUGAUGCUUCUCAAAUGAACAUGUCGCAUAUUGUUACCCAUCUCUCAUUUGGUACAAUGGUUUCAGAAAGGUUAUGGACUGAUAUGAAACGAUUACUGCCUUAUCUUGGCCAAAGCCAUGACAGGCUGAAUGGAAAAUCUUUCAUAAAUCAACGAAAAUUUGAUGUCAAUGUUACCAUCGAACACUACUUGCAAAUAGUCAAAACAGAGGUCAUUUCAAGAAGAUCCGGCAAAGAACACUCAUUGAUUGAGGAAUAUGAAUAUACGGCUCAUAGCAGCGUAGCUCAUAGUUACCAUUAUCCCGAAGCAAAGUUUCAUUUUGAGCUCUCUCCAAUGCAGGUUUUAAUAAGCGAGAACCCAAAAUCAUUCUCGCACUUCAUCACAAAUGUUUGCGCCAUAAUAGGAGGUGUUUUUACGGUCGCGGGAAUACUAGAUUCGAUAUUUCAAAACACAGUUAGAAUGGUGAAAAAGAUCGAACUCGGGAAAAACAUUUGAUCAGGAAUGAGUGAGGUUAGAUGUUAGUUUUUCAGUUUUAUUAAGAACUCUACAAAACCAUAGAAAAAAAUAACCUCAGUUUUUUUUACAUACCUUGUAGACCCUGUUUAUUUUCGAAUAGCAGUUUGAAAGAGAGAAUAAAGAAACAAUUUUCUU